AUGCAUGCGGUGGAGCUGUGCGUUCGGAAUCCUUCGAUGCUCCCAAAGGUGAAAGAGCGGCUUGGUCAAAAGCCAAUCGCCGCGAGUCGAGUACGUGUGCUCGAGAGCCCAUCAAAUCUAGCAGGCACUUUCAACGAGUUAGAAUUCUUUUCCAAGCUUCAAACUCGACACCUUGGGGCUAUUUUGCUGCGAUCGGGAAAGUUGGGUAGCACGAGCGACUUUUUGCUCAAGGAGUUUGAGUCUUUCCCGUCUGGGACUGUAUGCGUCAGUGAUGAGCAGACUGCGGGCCAAGGUCGAGGCACAAAUGUCUGGCAGUCACCGUACGGUUGCUUGACGUUUUCCUUUACAUGUGAAACUAGUUUGGCUGCUGCCGAAAUCCCUCUUCUACAGUACAUAUCGACAUUAGCGGUCGUUAAGGCGAUUGAGGAGUCUUGUACUGCUGCUGGUUGCUCACAGUACAAGUCGCUGGGUAUACGGAUCAAGUGGCCAAAUGAUAUUUAUUAUAAGUUGAACAAGAUUGGUGGUGUUCUAUGCAAAGCCAUUUAUCGUGAAAAUUCCUUCAGCGUAGUGAUAGGUAUCGGCCUCAAUCUUGACAACUCUUCGCCUAGUGUGUGCCUUAACAGCCUGAUUAAUGAGAACGCUCUAUUCUUCUCGACUUUUGAUGGCACAAAGCGUGGGGGUGUUCAAGAACCAUCCACUGAGAAGUUCAGCGUAAAAUUGAAGAGAGAGGCGCUCGUUCCUAAAAUUCUGGCUCACUUUGAAAGUCUACAUGACAAAUUGCAAAGAAACGGUUUCUGCGCCAUACGGGCAGAAUACACGGCUCACUGGCUACACGAUGAAGCACAACUUUCGAUUUUUAACUCAGAUUCUUCGGGCGCGAUGAUUUCGGUCACUGUCACUGGUCUCACAGAUGCAGGUUUUCUGUUUGCAGUCGAUCGUCAGGGAAACACGUUCGAACUCCAUCCAGAUGGUAAUAGUUUAGAUAUCCUUACAGGGAUGAUUGGGAAAAAACUCUCUUAG